AUGCGCUGGCUCCGGACCGAAUUGUUCGCGACUGCGCUUGCUUGGGGUGUCGCAUCUGCGGCUCCCUCCGCCUCGGCCUCCAAUCCAGAAGCCACCGGGGACGCAGCCGCCCGCCCGUCAUGCAGUCUCGCCGAUCUCAAGAGGGCCUGGUCGUACCUCUCAAGCGAGGUCGAGGCCUACUAUCCCCCCUCGACCGAGUUCGACGAGUACUCGGAGAGGUGGUCUAAUCUGGAGACCCCCGUCGUGAAUGUCACUGUACUUCCGGCCACUGAGAACGAUGUCGUCGAGAUUGUCCGGACGACAAGCAAGUGCAAUAUCCCAUUCCUUGCCUAUAAUGGAGUGCACGGAUCCAUCACCACGCUCGGCCGCAUGGACUGGGGCGUCGCCAUCAACCUGCGCAAGCUUAGUGGCGUCGUCGUCGCCUCCAAUGGGCAAACGGCCACGAUUGCUGGCGGCACCAACUCCAAGGUGGUCAUCGAUAGGCUCUGGGAAGCCGGCAAGCAGACCGUGACGGGCACCUGUGAAUGUGUCAGCUACCUGGGUCCUGCUCUAGGAGGGGGGCAUGGCUGGCUCCAGGGCCACUACGGGCUCAUUGCCGACCAGUUCGUCUCGAUGAACGUCGUUCUGGCAGACGGCACGCUCAAGACCAUCGACGCCGACUCGGACCUCUGGUGGGCCAUGAAGGGCGCCGGCCAGAACUUUGGCGUCGUCACGUCCGUCACGGUCAAGGUCUACCCUGCCGUCCACCAGAACUGGGCCAUCGAGACGCUCAUGUUCACCGGCGACAAGGUCCAGGCCGUGUACCAGGCCGUCAACGACCACCUCCUCAAGAACGGCACCCAGCCCGUCGACCUUAUCAACUGGUCGUACUGGUUCAACGUGCCCCCGAUCGACCCCACCGGGCCCGUCAUCGAGAUGUACAUCAUCCAGGAGGGUGUCUCGGUCGUGGACCCGGCCUACACGCAGCCGUUCCGGAACCUGGGGCCCAUCUCGGUGACGCCGCGGAACGGCACCUACCGUGACAUGUCCAGCUGGGUGGGCAUCUCGCUCGACAGUCCGCCAUGCCAGAACGCGGGGCUCGCCAACCCGCGCUUUCCCAUCUAUUUGGAGGCGUACAACCCGGCCGCCAUGCAGCAGGUGUACUCGGCGUUUGCGUCGGCCACCAACGCCUCGUCGCCCUUCGCCAACUCGCUCUUCAUGUUCGAGGGCUACUCGAUGCAAGGCGUCGAGGCCGUCAGCCCCGCGUCGACCGCCUACGCUUUUCGCGGGGACCACCUCCUGGUGGCGCCGUUGAUCCAGUACACGCCCGGGGGUCCCGCGCGCGACCAACGGGCGGCGCAGCUCGGCAACCAGCUGCGCCAGAUUCUACAUCAGGGAAGCGGGCGAAGCCAGAUGCAUACCUAUGUCAAUUACGCCUACGGCAACGAGUCGCCGGGGGAUUGGUACGGCCACGAGCAGUGGCGCCAGGAUAGGCUGAAGGCGCUGAAGGCUAAGUAUGACCCCAAGGGCAGGUUUAAUUUUUAUGCGCCGGCGGCUUGAGGGAGUCUCAGGGAGGAGGUGUACAAUGCACUAGUACAUACCUACGGUAGUGGCUUUAUCUAGAGCAAGGCAGUAUCCGAAUACUUAGCAUUCGGACUGGUUACCCGUCGCGGCACUGCUAGCUUGAUUGGAACUCGAAAUGGCUAUUGACCGAUCUUGAGUUGAGCUGUUCGGUUCUCGUUCAGGUUGUU